AAAGGCAUGUCAAGAGAAUGGAUCACAAAUGAAAUAUGGGAUGCCUUUUUCUAUGCAGUAUGGGGUACAGAAAAAUGGCAAAACAAAUCGAGAAAAGCAAGGUAGAAUCGGUUAACGCCUAAAGAAGGAAGCAUUCCAAAGCACACUGGCGAUUCAGUUCCAUUUGUUCAUGCAAAAGGAAUGGCAAUUGAGAUGAAAAGAGAUGUUAGCUUUUUGGAAGUGUUCAAUCGCACCCAUAAGCGUUUAGCGGGUCACGGUGAUUUUAUAGAUAACAAGUCUAAAUCUGCGAGUGAAAUGUAUAAUUCUAUAUUAUCACAGAAGUAUGAAGAGGAUUCAUUUGCUAAACCAGAAUUUGAUCCACAUGCUUGGACUGAAGCAAUUGGAAGGAUGGAGACUACACGCACUCACGCAUAUGGGUUGGUACUCGGGUGCCUAUUAAAGCUUUACUUAGUGGAACACAAAGCAAUGCAGCAACAUCUGAGUCUGCGUGUGGCUUUAUCAACUCUAACGGUAACAGUCCCCCAAUUGCAUUAGAAGAAAAAGUGAAAAAUUUAUCAGACAACUUAGAAAAGAUUCGUGAGGAAAUACAAGAAAUUAAGAAUGCAAUGGCGAAAAGCAUGACUGAAUUUAUGGCACGUAUGGAAGCAAUGAUCGUGACUAAUGCGCUUUCGAAACAAGAAAAUGCGAGAACUUCAAGCUCAAAUAUUGACAAGUAAGAACGCAACAUCUCAUGAUAUGAUGUCUCUUUUCCAUUUAUAGACUUGGAGACUUUUUAGUCUUGGUGUUUAAUAACAGUAUGGAGUUUAUAUCAGGUUAUGUGUUUUACAUUUUGAGAUAUUAUAUGUUUAUGAUAAUUUUUAAUUGUAUGAACUUGACUUUGCAUUUUAAGUUUUAUUGUACUUCUAUUAUAUAUUUUGAAAGCUAAUUGUGGAAGUCAAUUGGACAUUUAUUAAUGCAAUUCUAAUUGUUGAAUUUUGUUGGAUAAGAAUCACCAAUAAAAUAAGUAUUACUAAUAGAAUAUCCGUUGGAAACAGAAUUUUUCGUUGGAAAGUUAAAUGGAAUUCUCCGUUGGAAAUUCUUUUCCAACGGAAUUUUUUGGUGCACCAUUUUUCAUGGGAAAUUCCAUUGAAAAAGAAUUUUCAACGGAAAAUUCCGUUUGAAAUGUCGAAUAGAAAAUUUCGUUGGAAAGUCAAUUCCAACAGAAAAUUUUGUUGGAAAUUUCCAACGAAAAAUUUCGUUGGCAAAGAAUGGCCAACAAAAAAUUUCGUUGGCAAAGCAUGGCCAACAAAAAAUUUCGUUGGCAAAGCAUGGAACUGAAUUUUCAACGGAAUUUUUCAUUGAAAAUUUGCAACGAAAUUUCGUUGGAAAAGAAUUUCCAACGGAAUUUUAUGACUGAAAUUCAGCAGUUUACAUAGUUUUCAACAGAAUUUUCCAACGAAAUUUUCAGUUGGAAAUUUUCGACGGAUUUUUAAUCGAAAGUAUUAUCGACGGAUUUUUCAACGAAAAUUUUCGUUAAAAUUUUUAUAGUGACAUUAAUUGCAGUCAGUCGAAUUCUUCCAUAUUUUUGACCAUGAUCCCUUUUGUAUUUGGUGAAAUGCUAAACAUAAAGGUUGUAGCUCUUCCUCUUAGCUUUUAGUAGGUUUAAUAAUUGUGUCGAUUGGAUUUCUGUAACUUGAGUUAUGCUCAUAAUAUUAUAGCAUAUUCAAAGGCUAUUCUUAAGUUACUUGCACCAUCGGUUGCCAUUUGAGUUCCAACUCCUUGCACAUUCUUCAAUAUCAGAAAAUCAAUUAAUUAGAGUCUGAAAUGAAGGAUUUUAACAGAAAAUUCAUUGAAAUUGCAUAAAUGAUAAAUGUCAUGACAUAAAUUAAAUUAUUACUAUUAAGAUAAAAUUACUUAUGGAUUACUUCAAACUAGAGGACUUAGCUUAAUUUAGGUUUCAAAGAUGCAUAAGAUAACUCUAUAUAAUAAAGUUAUUAGCUACCAUGGUACUAGAAUAGAAACUGUAUGUAUAUAAUUGCCUAGAUGAACAUGCCUAAGCUAGAGAACAAAUAUAUAUUGGAAUAUGUGUGUUGUGUAUUGUGUAUUGUGUGUCUUAGUGCAAGCCACAUAGUGGCCUAUAUCGUUUGAGCCUAUACAAAGAGGUCUAGUGGAUAUGAUGGACUUCUAGGAGUAGUUCACUCAAAACGUUGAACCCCACAGAGGGUCAUAUUUGAUGCCUUGAAGAGUUAAGGGCUCUUAAAUGAGAUAUUAAGCUAGAGACGCUUAAAACCCAUAAAGAUGAUCCUUGGUAUAGAUUUUGGUAUAUGAGAUAUCUAACGCAUGAUGGUCUCAUUGUGGAUUUGUGUUCCAUCCAAUGUUGAGAAUUUUGGAUAUUGAUUUGAGUUAAGGUUAAGUGGGGUCUUAUGUCUUGAGACUAUUUGUGCUUGUAGGGAUGGUGGUAUGUAGGGACAGUGUUUUUAGUCUUGCCUACAAUGCUUUGAUGUCAUCCAUUGAUAUUAGGCCAGAUGAACACUAUGUUUAUGAUGCCACCCAUUUGAGACUACUCCGAGUGAUGCCAUCUAUUGAGAAAUUACUCUGGAUGAUAACUCUAAUUCUCCGACCAUUACUUCAAUACGGGCAUGAUUUGACUUUCUGUCAAUGGCUUAGCCCUGCGUAUGAUUUGACUCUGUCAUCUGGUCACCGUGUGUGAUUUGAUGAUGUCUAAGGGAGGACCACUCUAUGAUUUUCAUUUAAAUUGUGAGUGUUAUGACAUAACUUUAAACAGGCUUAAAUAAAUUUGAUUUGAAUUUGAUAUGAUACUUUGGUAACUGUGGUGUGCCAGUGGAGAAUAACUUGUAUGGUUUGAGGGUAAGCCCAGAUAUAUACACUAUUUGUGGAGACUCCUUAAGGUUGAUUGAUAUACCCAUAGCCUUGGAGAUGUUUGCUAGAAUAUUUGGUUGCACUAAUAGUGUAUUAAAUAUAUAUAUCUAUUUUAUAUAAACAUAUAUAAAUAUUUCAAGAAGAUCAUAUUUCUUCUCUGGAAAACUUUUGUAUCCAAAAUAAAUAGUUUUCUAUAAAUCAAAUUCAAAAAUCAAAUUUCCAAUUUGUAUUUCUAAAAGCAAUUUUAAAUUCAAAAGAGUUAUAUUUUCAUAUUUGAGCAUUCCCGGAGUCGAUUCCUGGUGAAUUUGGUAUCAAAGCCAUUUCCGGUUCAAGAGGUAUUUAUCUGGUCUGAAACUUUUUGAUUUCUAUUUUCUUGUCUGAGUUCUGGUUUUAAAGAGUUUGCAUGCAUAUUGUGUUGAUUCCUACUGAGUCCUUGAGAAACAAUCCAUUAGAAGCCUAGAGUUGGCGUUGUUAGGAUACAUUUCUCCCUGUAGGCAGUAUUAUCACAGUUCAUCUUACUCAUAGAAACCCCCCAUGUAAGAGAAGAAAAUCUGAAGUUAAAAAUGUUUCCAUUCCUGAGAAACACCUCCUAUUCUAGUUCUGGUUCUAGUAUUCAAAACCCAGAAAUCAAUGAAGAAAAUGUUCAUUAUGAAAAUAUAAUUCAAGAAAUAGACAACUGGAAAAUACUUAGAGUUUCAUAAAGCCAAAUUUACAAAACAUCAACAUUCCAUUCUUUACAUCUAAAUUCUUUUUGCAAAUACCUUAUAAAAACUAAAGAAAACGGAAUCCCUAUACAAAAUCAGUAUGAAAACAUCCCAUUGUUAGAUCAAGAAACUAUAAAUAAAUUAAAAACUCAAAAUUAUAAUUACAUCCAUAUCGGAUUAAUUCAAGUAGGAGCAAAACCCUUUACAAAAGAAGAGUUAGACAUCUCAAUAUUAAUCGUUCUGAGAGAUAAGAGACACCUCCAAUUUAAUGAUUCCUUGUUAGGACCAAUAGAAACAAGUCUAUAUAGAGGACCAAUAGAAACAAGUCUAUAUAGAAGACUAAUACAUUUCAACUGCUUUCCAAACUUCAUGGUUUCCUUAAAAGACAAAAAUAUAUUAAAUUCUUUAACACUCCAAAUACAAACUCAUAAUUACAAAAUGAUGCCUGGAUCUGAACCUUUAAUUGUUGUUUACAGAUUAUAUUACAAAGCAAUGUAUUCUGUAAUAAACACUCAAGCUUUAAUCCACAGUCCAAAGGGAGAAACAUUAUUAAUCCAAACAGAUAUGACUAGGUCACAUACGGUCAUACCUAGGACAAUACAAUGGCAUCAAGUACAACUUCCAAAUAGAUGGAAAAUAAAAAGAGCAACAAAUCUAGCCCCCAUACAAAACACGGAAAUAAAUAAUGUGGCACAAUUUAGAGAUGGUUCAGUAGAACUUGUCUUUAACAGACCACCAAGACUUCCUUCCAGAAGAUCUUUUGAAAUAUCAAAUGUAGAAUCACCUUCAAGUAUAGGAACAGACUUCAGGAUAGCCAGAGCUUCUGUAUCCUCACUCCCUACAAUUAGAACAAACUUACAAUCUGUAAAUAAUUCUCCAAACAUAUCCCAACCUGUUUAUAACCGACAAAAAAUUACCCCUUCAAAUAGUCCAAAUAUGUCUCCAACAUAUUCAUCAAUGACGAAUAAUCCCAAUAUAAGUCAAAACCAAGAAAAUGAUUCAGAAAUAUUUUUCUUAGAAAAAGACUUUAAAAUCAACAAAGAUUGGUGUAGAAAACAGUUUACUUCAGAAAAAAAUAAACAAAAAAGAAAAAAUUAUUUCAAAACUUACGACUCACAGAAAGAUGAAAUACUACAAAACUAUUACAAAUUCAUGAGAAAACAUAAAAUACUAAUAGACUUCUUUGAAUGGUUCGAAGAAUAUGAAGAACCACAACUAAAUACUUUAAACAUUACAAAAAAAUGGCAAAUGAAUAAAGGAGAAAUCGAAUCAAAUCAUCCCCCAUUAACAGAAAUACAAUAUUCCCAUAAAAACAUAGGGAUAUGGGCAACCCCAUUAAGAAUGAGAUUAUCUGACUUAGGAGAACCUAUCACCUCAAAAGACAUAAAAAUGAUAAUAGAACAAAAUAACUUUACAAACUUAAAUUUACAUUCCAUAUCAGAACAAUUAGAUACAAUUGAAACAAAACUUCAAAACCCGGCCAAUAAUUAUACCUUUUGAAAUCCCCAAUAAUUAUCAACAAACAAAAAAUCAAUUUUUACAUGAAAUCGAAAAUAGACUUGAAACCUUAGAAAGUCAAUAUUCAGAAAUCAGAGUAGAAGAUACCCCCCAAAGACAUCCAAAUUCACACAUUAAUACCAUAAAAGAAGAAACUGAUUCAUCAACCGAAAGCUUACAAAGCCAACAGAUAAAUAAAAUGAUUUGGAAAGAACCUCAAAAAAUAUAUUACCCUAAAAUGACAGCCCUGGAUAUAAAUAUAGAAGAGAAAUUCUCUUUUCAAAACAAAUACAAUGCAAACACAAUAUAUGAAUGGAAUAUAGAUGGAAUGUCAAAAUAUAACAUUCUCAAUAUACUCCAACAAAUGUCAAUGGUUUCCAAUGUAUACAAAACCCAAAACCAAACUGGUCAAAUUACAGACCAUGCAAUAGCAUACAUGUUAGUUGCUAGUUUUACAAGACAACUUAAAGGAUGGUGGGAUAAUUAUCUCUCCACAAAUCAACAAGAAGAAAUUUUAAAAGCUGUCAAACAAGAUACCGAUGGAAAUAUAAUAACAGACAGUCAAGGACAACAAAUUCAAAAUGCUGUAGCAACAUUAAUCUUUUCAAUAUCGAAACAUUUCAUAGGAGAUCCUUCACAUCUUAGGGAUAAAAACUCAGAAUUAUUGUCAAAUUUAAAAUGUAAAAAAUUAACAGAUUUUAAAUGGUACAAAGACAUGUUCAUGAUAAGGAUAAUGCAAAGAACAGACAACAACCAACCUUUCUGGAAAGAGAAAUUUUUAGCUGGCCUCCCAACAUUAUUAGGAGAAAAAGUUAGAAAUCAAAUUAGAGAAAUCUACAAAGGAAUAAUUCCUUAUGAAAAUUUAACAUAUGGUGAAUUAAUAAGUUUCACUCAAAAAGAAGGAUUGAAAAUAUGCCAAGAUCUAAAACUACAAAGACAAUUAAAAUGAGAAAAAAAACUCUGUGCAAAAGAAUUAAGAUCUUUCUGCCAACAGUUCAAUAUCAAACAAGAAUCUUCUUCAAAAAAUUAUUGUCCGUCCAAACCUGUAAAACAAAGAAAACAUAAGAAAAAUUAUCAAGAAUAUUAUAAAACACCAAAAUACAAGAAAUACAAAAAAUUAAAAAGAAAAAAUAGAGAACUAAAACAUAUAGACAAAACAAUAAAAUGCUUUAAAUGUGGAAAAACAGGAUACAUAUCUAAAUAUUGCCGGAUAAAAAGAAAAAUAAAUCAACUUCAUUUAGAAGAAGAAAUUGAACAGAAAUUAAAUGAAAUUCUAAUAAAAUCUUCCACAGAAA